AUGUCGAGAGGAAAAUUCAUAACGAGUUUAUGCAUUACAGAGAGAAAUGAACCUCUCGAAGAGCGUCAGCAACAUGAUGAAGAACCUAUAUCAGAUUAUGACGAUUCUGAUGCAGACCCAAAUUAUGAGCCGUCAGUAUCCCCUAGAAGGAAAAAAAUUAAAUUUUCGGACUUUGAUGACGUAUCGCUUGCGCCCCUCAAAAACAGGCAGCCUUUGAAAAAAGUCAACGAGAAUGUGAAUGCAAACUGCAGAGUUUCCCAAGAAAGGCCAGACAAGCAAGAAAAGCACCCCCUACUGCUAUCAUGCCAUAAUAAUUGCAGGCAGAAAUGUAGCUCAAAAAUCAAUGAUGAGAACUUUAGAGAAUUGAUAAGAACGAAAUUCUGGAGACUCAGCUUUGGCGAGCGUAGACUUUUUUUGGAUGCUCAUAUCAAACAAUUUGAAAUCAAAGUAAGGCGGCAAGAGGCUCAGCGCUCUUCCAGGAAUGUUUCUCUGAAAUAUUUUCUACCCCUUCCAGUGGAAACUGAAGCUAAAUUUGAAAAAAUACAAGUGUGCAAAACAAUGUUUUUGCAUACUUUAGGACUUAAAACAGAUGGUAUGAUAACUUGCCAUAUACAUUCCAAAAAGCGAAGUGUAGAAGGAAUUGCACAAACAGUGGAUGAAAGGGGGUUAGUUAUUAGAGGCAUGCUAGAAGAACAAAAAAUGAGAACAGAGGAAAUUGUCAUAAAGCAUAUAAACUCAUUCAAUCCGGUAGUAUCUCACUAUAAUUUAAAGCACACCCCGAAUAGACGAUUCUUGCCACCUGACUUGACCAUUAAAUACAUCUGGCAAGACUUCUGUAAUCUACAGAAAAUUUCAUAUGAUCUAUACAGAAGAAUUUUUGAAAAACAGAAUAUUGGGUUUAAAAAGCCAUCCCAAGACGAAUGCGCUCAGUGUCUAAAACAUAAAGUUCACAUUAUUCGCCAAUGCGACGCAAGUAGUUGCAAGAUUUGUUGUCAAUUCGAAAACCACAAAAAAAGUUAUACGGAAGCAAGACAGCACUAUGAAAAUGACUCCAAUCAAGAGGUAAUGCAAGAUGAGAAGGUCUAUGCUGUAGAUAUGCAGAAAGUCUUACUCUUGCCCAAAAUGUCAACCAAGGAAUCUUUUUUUGUUUCAAGGUUGGUCGUAUUCAAUGAGACGUUUGCGUCACUUCAUAAGGACGGAAAUAUUUGCGUGAUGUGGCAUGAGGCUAUAAGAGGCAGGUCCGCGACGGAUGUUGCAUCGGCAUACUACAACGUAAUAAAAAAUUCAGACAAUGUUACCAAAAAAUUUACAUUCUGGGUAGACAACUGUUCUGCUCAGAACAAGAAUUGGACACUAUAUUCUGCUUUUGCGACUUUUGUAAAUUGUGAAUGGGGUCCAGAAGAGAUCACCCUAAAAUAUUUUGAACCAGGCCAUUCAUUUAUGGCUGCGGAUUCGGUUCAUGGCCGAAUCAACACAGAAAUGAAAAAACACCCAAACAUUUAUGAUUUUGAACAGCUUCUGAAAAUAAUUGAGCAGUCCUCAAAAAAAACUAAAUGUUUGCCUAUAAAUAAUUUUGAUUUUUUCCUCUUUGAAGAUGGAAGCAAACAAAGAAAAAGCAAUAAUAUACCUCUUCUUGAAAAAAUUAAGCUCGCUCAGUUUCGCAAAGGAUGCAGACACUUGUUUUAUAAAGAAUGCCAUAAUGAAACUGUCUUUCAGGAAGUCGAGUUUUUGAAAAAAAAAGUUGAUCUCAAAUUCCCUAUACAUCCUUUUGUCGAGACACUGGGAUUGAACUCAGAAAAAAGAGAAACAAUUUUAAAAAAAUUGGUACCAUCCUUCAAAGAUGAAAGAAAGAAACUAUUUUGGCAGUUUUUGCCAUCUAAUGAUAAUUCCAAAGACUUAUGUGUGGUAUCAGAGGCUUAG